UGGAAGAAGAGCAGAAGGGAGCAACAAGUGAGAUAACUUUUCAUUACGAACCAGUUUUCAAAACGAUGGGAGAUAUUCUAUAUAGAAUAUUACAGACCUUACUAUCUGUGUUCUGUUUCGUUCAAAGCUCUAUAUUAAUCCUUAUCUAUGGUGGAAAAGGAAAAGUUGUACCUCCCAUAAAAAAUCCUUUAUUACUGAAAUCUGCAUCGAAACUGGCUGAAGAAAUACGAGAAGGCAAAAUAAGAAGUGAAGAUGUUGUCCUGGCUUACAUCCAUAGAAUUUCGGAAGUUCAACCUUAUCUCAAUGCCACAGUGGAUUGCUUCUUUGAUGAUGCUAUUCAACAAGCACGGGAAGUGGAUAUCCUAGUUGCUUCAAGGAGGUGCACGGUGGAGGAACUUGCAAAUAAAAAACCCUUAUUAGGAGUGCCUUUUACUGCCAAGGUUCUUCUUCAUUUGAAAGGUAUGCCAUGUACAGGCGCAAGUAAAAUAUUCGAAGACCAGGUCGCUACUGAAGACUCACCCUCUGUUGCAUUGAUGAAAGAUGCUGGAGCUAUUCUUAUUGCAACUACCAAUUCGGCUGAAUUGGCAUUGAACAUAGAAACCGUUAAUAAAAUCUAUGGCAGAACUUGCAAUCCUUAUGAUACAAAUCGAACACCUGGGGGAAGUAGUGGUGGAGAAAGCGCCUUGAUUGCUGCUGGCGGAUCGUUGAUUGGCUUAGGUAACGAUUUGGCAGGAAGUGUUAGGAUUCCGGCUCACUUCACAGGAAUAUUUGGCCAUAAACCGACUGCAGGAUUAGUGACAAGCAGAGGAUCCUUUCCUCCGGAGUUCCCAAAUAAGCUUCUUGAACCUGUACACAUGAAUAUAUUCAAGUAUCUCUGUACUGGUCCCCUAUGUCGAUAUGCAGAAGAUCUGACACUUGUUAUGAAGAUUUUAUCGACUGAAGAUGAAUUAAAAGUGGAUUUUAAUCAGAAGGUUGAUUUUAAAAAAUUGAAAAUUUGUUAUUUAACAAAUAUACGAAGUCCAUUAGUUUCGACUACGGAUAAAAGAAUAAUAGCUGCUCUGAAAAAUGCUGUCACAUUCUUCGAAAAAAAGUGUAACACGGUAGCCAAAGAGAUAAAGAUUCCUUCUUGGGUCCGUGUCAACAGAUGUAUUUGCAGCGUAUUUAUGCGUCUUCUAAACAAUUAUGAAAAAGAAAUAUGUAUUAUGAAAGGCUUAAAUGAAAACUUUGAAUUUCUGAAAUCCUUUUUUGGAGUAGCCAAAAUAGUGUUCGUGUCAGCAUUUAUGAUAUGGCUCAGUCCUUUACUAUAUAGUGAAGACAAAUUUGAGUUUUAUGCAGAAAUGAUUAGAGGAUUGAGAGAAGAAUUCAAUAAUAAUUUGGACAAAAACACUAUACUACUGAUGCCUACUUAUCCGUGCAUUGUACCUUACCAUAAUGGAACGUUCCCUUAUUUGCUUAGUUUGAGUUUUACAACAUUGUUUAAUCUUCUUGGACUACCAGCUACCCAUUGUCCAAUGGAUUUCACAGAACAAAAGCUACCGUAUGGCAUACAAAUUGUUGGUUGUAAAGGUAACGAUGCCCUGACGAUCGCUUGUGCUGCUGAACUUGAGAAGGAAUUUGGAGGUUGGAAACCACCUGGAGAAGUGUAGACAUCAAUCUCCAAACAUGCCUUAGUAAAGAAAUGUAUCAAUGACCAAUAUCUCAUUCAAUCGAUUUCGCAAAUUUUUAUUACAUGAAACUAUUUAGAAUAAUGCAAUCAAAUUUGAUUGCAGGAUCAGUGGCGGAUACUGAUUAAAUUUGAUUGAACGUUCACUUUUUUAUUUUGUUUGAGUUUUCUAACGAUAUUUAAUCUUCUUGGACUACCAGCUACCCAUUGUCCAAUGGGUUCCCCAAAACAAAAGCUACCUUGUAUGGUAUACAAAUUGUAAGUUGUAAAGGUAAUGCUCUCAUGAUUGCGUGUACUGCUGAACUGGAGAAAGAAUUCAGAGGUUGGUACAUUUCUUAAUAAAGAAAUGUACCAAUGAUCUAUGCCUUAUUCAGUCGAUUUCAAAAUUGUUAAUUACAUCAAAAUAUUGAAAAUAAUGCAAUAAAAUUUCGUGAUAAAUGGUGGAUUUUGGGAUUUCGACGAUACAGGCUCAAAUUUUUUUUAGGUCUUUCCUAGAAAAAUUUAAUUAACGGUUUAUUUAUCGUUUUUGAUUUUACAUUUCUUCUAAUAUUCAUUAUUUCGGUACAUCUUGAUUUCUUCGGCCACCGCAAUUAAAAUGGUGCCAAAAAUAACGUCAAGUUGCAAAGCGAAUGUGAAACUCAAAGUAAAAGUGUGUAUGGUUGCUCUUAGUUUGACUACUUUUUGAUGUCUUUUUUUCUCAUGAUUUGGUGGUUUAUCGCGGUCGCCGUGGAAAUCACGUUGUACCGUUAUUUCAUUUCAAACUAAUUUUUACAUUGUUAUUUACCAAAAGUAUUUUUCUUUCCUGUUUAUUUUAUUGUUGACAAAGAGUAUACGACAUUUUUUAUAUCAUAUAUAUUAUUUUUUUCUUGUUCUUCUAUGUUUUUUGCUAAUGAUAUGAAUGUUUCUUCUUAUAUGCACAGAUGAUUUACAUUAUGCUAAAAAUUCUGUGAUAUUUCUAAGAUUUUAUUCAAAUAACUUUAACAUUUAAAUUAUUUUAUAAGCAGGAUGUUGAAACCAAUUGUCUUGAAGUUGACUUACCAUUAAAUGUUUUAUCAAUUCAUUUGGUGCUGAUAUUUGUUAAUUAAAAAUUCUUAUAGAAAUAUAAAAUAAAAUUAAUUGAAAAAAGUUUUAUUUCUGAAGUUCGGGAUGGCAAUGGCACAUCGAAAUUUUCAUUUCAUAAAAGUCCUUAUAAGGGUUAGUCAAACCCGGCCUGAAUGAUCUCAAUUAAAUAUUAACUGAUACGCUUUACGAAUAUAAAAAAAAAAUUAUUAAAUAAAUAGCUUUAAAAACAAACUUUUAUUUCCAUGAAAAAUGUAGAAUUGUUUAUUUUGAUUAUUUUAUUUUGUUUUAUCUUUAAUUUAUA